UUUUGGCGACCAGUGGUGGCUAUGGCGGCUCUGGCGAGCUUCCUUGGCUGCUCGCCGCCGAUUCCUGGCGGCCGGAUGCCAACGAGGCGCGCACCGCGAAGAUUUUCCUGCCGAGCUGCCGGUGGUAAGAAGAAUUUGCCCAUAUCUCGCGCAGGCAAGGAGCCGGAGGAGGAGAGCCGCGAGAUUCUCAAUGCCUUCUUCCUGGGCAAGGCAUUCGCGGAUGCCGUGAACGAGCGCGUGACCAGCGCUGUGGGCGAGCUUCUCAGCCAGCUAGGGCGCCAGCAAGCACAGCAGCAAAAGGAGAUCCGGCAAUUCCAGGAGGAAGUGGAAGUCCGCGCGAGAGAAUCUAUGUCACAAUCGGCGGCGCGCUCACGAGCAAUCGAGCGAGCCAGUGAUGAAAGGAUUGUAUAAGAAAGGGGGAAAAAAAGAGACCGUUGAGCUUU